AUGCAAGCAAGGGAGUGGGGUGUGAAGAAGGUCCGAGAACACAGACCUGAAGGAGUCGGCAGGGCUGCAGGUGGAGGAAAGGCGCGGCUCCGAGGAGGGGCGGUGUCCGGUGUGUGGCCUCGGCCGACGCCCCUCCUCCCAAGGCCGCAGCUCCCCGCCCCGAGGACCAGCUGGGCGGGUCGCGGCCUCUGCGCUUCUCCACCCCGGGCCCCGGAGCGCGCACACAAACUUCGCGCUGCGUCCCGGCCGUCUGCGCCUCUCCAGCCCCGGGACUCCACGUCCUCCGCCGCCUGCGGGAAGCGUGGACGACUUUGGCCGUGGCCGGGCGGCGACGCGGCUGAGGACCCUCCGGCCGUGGCUGCGCUGGGCCUGGGGGCCCUGAGGCCGGCGGGUGGCAUCGCAAACCCCGCCUUUGAGGUCUUCCAGUCGGACUGUCCCGACGAGAAACAAGAGCAAAAAUCAAAUACACGUGGCUCAUACCAGAGUAGACAAGAAGAAGCUGUGUCCAAACGCCAUCAGCUCUCCCUAGGAUCAUCUCCCAAGUCAAACGGUGUCGUUGGAAAGCAGAAAAUGUUAUCUGUUUCAGAAAGCUCAACCAAGGAUGGUGACAUCCUGUCUCCCCACUCUGGGGAGCAGUCAGGAGGUGAUGAGAGCCCCAGGUCCUUGUCAUCUUCAGAUCUGGAGUCAGGAAAUGAAAGUGAAUGGGCCAAAGACUCUGCUCCCCAAUCUCACCUUCCCACAGUGUCCUCAAGACCAAGGGAUCCUCUUGAUAUUCUUACCAAGAUUUUUCCAAGCUAUAGGCGUAGCCGGCUAGAAGGCAUUCUACAGUUCUGCAAGGGAGAUGUGGUCCAAGCCAUUGAACAGGUCUUAAACGGAAAAGAGCACAAGUCUGACACUGGGAUGUUAGCAAACUCAGGAGGACCCGGACUUACAGCCUUUCAGAAAGCUUCUAGCUUUAGUCUAGCUGGACUUGGUUUUGGAACUCUAGGGAGUAAGUCUGCUUUCUCUCCCAUUCAGACUGCUUCAGCUUCCUAUGGAGGUGAUUCAAGUUUCUACAGCUUAAGUCCUAGAUUAGGUAUCAGUCCCUUACGGCUGGCAUAUUCCUCUCCAGGAAGAGGGCUCUCUGGUUUUAUGUCACCCUACCUAACAUCUGGGCUGGUACCUGCUUUACCUUUCCGGCCAGGUUUGGAUUAUUCCUUUUCGGGAAUGAUUAGGGAGGCUUCUUACCUUCCCUGCAAAGAUUCAGUAACUGGUGGGGAACUGUAUUCUAGACUGAAUCAGGACAAUCAUUAA